GAAGUACUAGUGGAGGAUAUUCCAAGUCCCCAGAAUGCAGUCCACCACCUAGUGCUGUUUUGUGCCAUUUUAACUACCGGCACAAUACCUUUCUGCCUUUUAUCUCCAACAAGCUAGCACCCUCCCAAGAUGGCGGAGGCUCACCAAGCUGUGGCGUUCCAAUUCACGGUCUCUCCAGAGGGUAUCGACCUCCAGCUGAGCCAUGCAGCUCUCAGGGAGGUUUACCUCUCAGGCCUGCGGUCCUGGAAGAAGAAAUUCAACAAGCUGCGGAACAGUUUUGUGACAGGCGUGUAUCCUGCCAGCCCAUCCAGUUGGCUGUUCAUGGUUACUGCCAUCUUGGUAACCCAGUACUCUCGACUUGACCCCUCCAUGGGCAUGAUUGGAAAGAUCAAGGAACACCUGCCAGUCAGUGACUACCUGUCAGAUCAAGGCCUGACAGUCCUCAGUGCCCUGGCUUUUUCCACAGCGCUAUGGCUGGCCCUCAUCGUGACCAUGCGUAGCAUUCUCAGGUUGCUGCUGUGCUACCAUGGCUGGAUGUUUGAGGAGCAUGGCAAGAUAUCCAACACCACCAAGGUCUGGCUGGCUUUGGUGAAAAUCUUUGCUGGGCGGAAACCCAUGCUAUACAGCUACCAAGCCUCGCUGCCUCGCUUGCCUGUUCCAGCCCUCAAGGACACCAUGCAGAGGUAUCUAGAGUCUGUACGACCCCUGAAAACAGAUGACGAGUUCCAGCGGAUGGAGGGUCUCGCCCGUGACUUUGAACGGACCCUGGGGCCGCGCUUGCAGUGGUACCUGAGGCUUAAGUCUUGGUGGGCAGCUAACUAUGUGAGUGACUGGUGGGAAGAGUACGUCUAUCUCCGUAGCCGAGGCCCCCUGAUGGUAAAUAGCAACUAUUAUGGCAUGGAUUUCAUUUACGUAACCCCAACCCCGAUCCAGGCAGCUCGUGCUGGGAAUCUGGUCCACGCCAUGUUGCUGUACCGACGGAAACUCACUCGGGAAGAGAUCAAACCGAACAGCGGCCCAAAUUCCUUCAUCCCCCUCUGUGCGGCCCAAUGGGAACGUCUCUUCAAUACCACCCGGUUGCCUGGGUUGGGGAAGGACACCAUCCAGCACCUGAGGGAUAGCAAGCACAUUGCAGUGUACCACGCCGGCCGCUUCUUCCGGGUCUGGCUAUACCACAACGGGAGGCUGAUGCGCCCACGCGAGCUUCAGGCACAGUUCCAGCUGAUCCUAGAUGACCCCACGCCUCCUCUGCCUGGCGAGGAAAAACUGGGUGCCUUGACUGCAGCCGGCAGAGACCCCUGGGCCCGCGCCCGCCAAACCUACUUCCGGUCUGGGGUGAAUGAACAGUCACUGAGCAUAGUGGAAAAAGCUGCCUUCUUUGUCACCCUGGACACCAGUGAGCAGGGGCUCCAGGGACCCAACCCAAGUCUGGCGCUGGAUGCCUACUCAAAGUCCCUUUUGCACGGGCGCUGCUGCGACAGGUGGUUUGACAAAUCCUUCACGCUGAUUGUUUACCGCAAUGGGAAGUCCGGCAUCAGUGCAGAGCAUUCGUGGGCUGACGCCCCCAUUGUGGCACAUCUCUGGGAGUACACCAUUGCCACAGAUGCAUUUUCGCUGGGGUACGAUGCUAACGGGAACUGCAAAGGGGACAUGGACUCCAACAUCCCCCCGCCCCAGAAAUUACAAUGGGAUAUCCCAGCAGAGUGCCAACAGGUAAUCCUGCAGUCCUUGUCCACGGCCUUGGCCCUGGCUAAUGACGUAGACUUCAACACCUUCCCCUUCAAGGAAUUUGGCAAAGGCCUGAUCAAGAAAUGCCGCACCAGCCCAGACAGCUUCAUCCAGCUCUGCCUUCAGCUGGCACAUUUUCGGGACAAGAAAAAGUUCUGCCUCACCUACGAGGCAUCCAUGACCCGUCUCUUCCGGGAGGGCCGCACAGAGACAGUCCGUUCCUGCACCAUUGAGUCAUGCAACUUUGUCAAGGCCAUGAUGGAUCCUACCCAGAACGAUGGCACAAGGUUACGUCUGUUGCGUGUGGCAGCUGAGAAGCACCAGAGCCUUUACCGGAACGCCAUGACAGGUGCUGGCAUCGACAGGCACCUCUUCUGUCUGUAUGUCGUCUCCAAAUAUCUCGGCCUAGACUCCCCCUUUCUGCGCGAGGUGCUGUCUGAGCCGUGGCGACUCUCCACCAGCCAGACUCCCAUUCAGCAGCUGGAGCUCUUUGACCUCGUGAACCACCCAGACUAUGUUUCUUUUGGGGGUGGAUUUGGACCGGUCGACAACGACGGUUAUGGUGUGUCGUACGUCAUCGUGGGCGAAGAUCUCAUAAACUUCCACGUGUCGUGCAAAUUCUCCAGCAAGGAGACGGACGCACACCGGUUUGGACUUAACAUCCAGAAAGCCAUGGUGGACGUCUUGGCCCUUUUCCAACUGGACAAAAACUCCCCCGCCAGUCGUGGCCAGUGACUGAAUAAACGCCAGCGGGAUUUACACAGCCAGCUCCCCAGACACACUUCAGAGUGUGUGUGUGUGUGUGUGUGUUUUCUGUCCUCUGAUCCGCAGGGACAUUUUGAAGCGGGGGAUGAACAGGGGCCUGAGGAUUCCCACAAGCACAAUGGACGGGCACGCCCCUCUUCCGUUCUCGGAUUUGGGAGAUUUGGACCCUGUGCCAGAUGCCAUGUAGGCAAACGACCCUCUCUCUCUGCUCAGCAUCUCCCUGCUUUUGGGUUGGUAGAAGUCUAAAACGGGUUGCGACUGGUAGCAAAAUCUUGCUUCUUCUAGGACACGUGUGGACGGAGGACUGUGGUUCACUUAUAACAGAAGAGUUUGGCUCUUGGGAAAUCUUAAGUGCUCCCAUUGCGGCGAUCCCAGGGUGUUUUAGAAGCAGCAGUUCCUUUUCCCCUUCUUCUCUCCAGCAGCUAAGAAGCUCUUUUCCUUGCCCUCUCCGGCCACUUCAACCCACAGCAGCUGGGCUGCGUCCCCUUUCUAGCACUUCCCAUUCAAAGGAUUCCUUCCCUGUGUCUGCCGCUGACCCUCUGUUCCCCUGAGGCACUGUGGAUGGGGUGAUGGGUGAUAUUUAGAGGGGAACCCCCUCUCCUCCAAUGCUGGGGAUCCAGGAAUCCCCACAAAGUUGGUGCAGGGAGGGAAAGUUGGUUUUAAUUUAUUGCAGGGUUUUGAACGCCUCUGGGGAAAUUUGAGUUGCGAGGAGUGGCAGAAGAACAACGGGUGGGUCUUUUGUUUUGUUUUGUUUUGCUAGCAUCACAGACCUGAAUAAAACCACAGGGCGGGAGAUCUUACAAAA